UCAACUUUGAAGUCUUAGAAGGUUAUGCCGAUUUUUCAUUCAAAGUUUAUUUUACAGCAUAAAUAAACGUUUAUUAGCUAUUUACAUCACUAUUUAGAGUCGAUAGACACGCUCCUAUAAUCUAAUCACAAUGUGGCCAAUACUAAUGCAGUUUCUCCGGAGCAAUGCUCCCUAUUUGACACUCCCCUUUGCAGCCAUCAUCGGUGUUGUAGGCUACAACUUAGAGGGAUACUUCUCUGAUAGAUACACUCCUUAUAACAAAGCGAUAGAAGACCAGAGGCUAGAAAGGCAGGAGGAUAAACUGCUUGCGGACCCGACCAAUGUUGAGAAGUUGAAAUAUAAGGAAAAUGUUUUAGGGAAAAAUGUAUCGCCGUCAUUACAAAAAUAG